AUGGAUAUUAGUACCAUAAUUUCAAUACCAAAAACACCACCAAUACAAACACGAACACUACCAAUAAUAAUUACCCAUCAUUAUUUAAAUGAAGGUCAGACUGAUGAUAAUAAUUUGGCACAACCAUUACCCCUUCCCACACCACCAUUUAUUAUAUCACCUAUUCUUAACUCAAUAAACAAUAUUCCUCCAAAUAAUAAUGAUACCAAUAAUAAUAAUAAUAAUAAUAAUAAUAAUAAUAAUAAUAAUAAUAAUAAUAAUAAUAACAACAAUAAUAAUAGUGAUAACAACGAAACUAUUUGGUUACUAGAAAAAAAACUAAAAGAAUCAAAUCAAUUUAGGGAUAUAUUAAAUUCAAAAGUUAUUGAACUUCACAAAGAAAUACAUAAAAAGUGUAUUUUAUUAAAUAAAUAUAAAGAGGCAUUAAAGUCAUUGUUGGAGGAUGAAAAUAACAAUUCUGAUAUCUCAAACCCUUCUUUUAAUAGUUCACCAUCUCGAUCUCGAUCAACCUCACCAUCUCAAUCUCGCUCAAACUCAAGUUCAAAAUCAUUUCCUAGAGAAAAAUCAAGUUCGCCUAAUAAUAAAAGAAAAUUAAAUGAACUAAUAGAGAAUAAUGAACAAAGUGAUCAAAGUUUAGUUUUCCAUAAUAUAAAUAAUAAUAAUAACAAUUCAAAAAUAUCAAAAAAAAAACGAGGAUGUUGUACUUUAUGGACCAUUGAAGAAGACUUAGAGUUUCAAAAUCAAUUUAUUAUUCAUGGUAAAUCUUGGAAAAAUUUUAUCAUCCCAACAAAAAAUAGAGAACAAAUCCAAAGGCAUGGUCGAUAUCUUAUUAAAAUCGGUAAAUUAGUUACCAAAAAAAAAUGA